CUCUGACACCCGCUUUUUUCUUGAGUGCGCAACCUGCAAACUGAGGAAACGACGAGAGGGUAAACGCUCCCGAGUCUAGCCGUUAAUGAACCGGCAUCAAUUUCCACUCAAAUUCGAUGAUGGCAUUAGGUGCCGUAUUACAUCAUGAUUAGGGCAGGCCUGUUUCACUACGGGAGGCUACGAUGGGUCGUAUAUAUUGAGAAAGCUGUCCUGUCACUGCUUCAUUCCCUACCUGGUAAUUGAUAGCUUACUGAAUUCCCACGAGAGAUCGAAACAUUACAGCAACACAUCAACAUGUCUCACACCGAGGCCGCCACGAAGCACGCCGACCCGUACAAGGAGGCCAACCUCGACACCGAAGUCUCGUUGGAGAAGAAGAUUCAGGACCUCAACGACUUCGUGAAGGCAUGCAAGUUCGGCAUGAUGACCACCCGUGAUGCGAAGUCUGGAAGCUUGGUCUCGCGGUGUAUGGCCUUGGCUGCUCAGGAAACCGGCGGUAUAGACCUCCUCUUUCAUACCAACACCGAGUCCGGCAAGACAGACGACCUUGCCAGCGAUUCUCACAUCAACAUCAGCUUCCUGAACAGCUCAGGUGACUGGGCUUCCGUAAGCGGCACAGCCAGCGUGGUCACAGACCGGUCCUUGGUCAAGCAGCACUACAGUCCAGAUCUCAAGGCCUGGUUGGGCGAUUUGGGCGACGGGGUCCAUGACGGAGGAGAGAAUGACCCCCGCAUCGGCGUUAUCCGGGUCAAGAUGACUACGGCCCACUACGCGAUCUCAAACAGGACCGUGAUCGGGCAGAUGGCGCAGGUCGCUCAGGGUAUAGUCACAGGAAAGCCGGCGGUGGUGAACAAGUUGCGCCAGAUCAGCGAGUCCGAGGUCCAGCAAUGGCGGUCGUCUCAUUAGGAGGUGGAGCCCUGGCUGGGAGGAGGAUUCUGAUUACGGCAUCGGAUGCACGAUUGGACGUAGACUUGAGGAUAAACGAACAUUCGCUAUCCAGUGUAGUGCCUUGGUAGUGAUUUCGAAGGAUUCAGUUGAAGUAU